ACUUCUACAGCCUUACCAAAUAAACAGAACAAUGAGUUUAAUUGAAAAAUACAAGUUGGCUUCUCUUUUCCGUCCUGAUGCUGAUCAAACUUUUUUUAUGAUCUAUUGUUUAUUCAAUAAUGUUUCCAAUACUGAACAGUUGACAGCUGAUUAUGAAACAACAGAUAUUUGCUUAAUUGAUCCAAGUUUAAUUGUUGAUGAGCGUCAGCUUCAAGUAGCUACAGAAACCGCCUUGUUCCAUCAUCAUAGUGGUAAGGCAAAGACUCGUAAUUUAAACACUGAGAUACUAUUCUGUCUUUCACCAAAUAAUAAUAUAUCUUGGUCUUUACAAACCUUUGGAAGCAAGUCUCAAGACGAUCACCUGAUUGCCAUCAAAGUUGUGGAAGAGGAAAGACUUGAUAGAAAUACAAAUCCAUUUGGUUUAGUUAAUGGCAAUCCUAUUCCUUUCUCUGAUCUAAAACAUAUCACAAAUGAAUCUAAGGUGCGAGAAAUCUACAAUAUUCCUAGUUUUGUGGUGUCAAUAGAUCAUUUAUUGGAAUCAAUUUUAAACAACAUCUCAGCUAAACAUCUUCUUUGAUUCAUUUUGUUUUUCAGCAAAAUGGCCUCCAUCCAAAAAAUAGCUUUAGGAUUUUUGGAGGAUCUCAAUGAAUUAUCCAUAAAACGUUUCAAGUGUAAAUUUUUUCCUACCAAAGUUGGUGGCAAACCAUUGUGGCUCGGUUUAUCAGAUUUACCUUCUCCUGAGCAGCUUACAUGUUUUAAAUGUGGUGUUUCUCUAACCUUUUUGCUUCAAAUUUAUGUCCCCGGAGAAAGAUCCGACGAAACUUUCCAUCGGACCUUAUUUGUUUUUGCCUGUAAUUAUGAUUCAUGUGGUGAAGGCUUCAAAGUUUUUCGAUGUCAGCUAAGACGUGCUAAUACUUUCUAUAGUUAUUCACCACCCAAUUAUGAUGAUUUAAAUGACUAUCCGGAUGAUCCUAAACCAGAAAAAUUCGGAAAACACAUUUGUAAUCUUUGUGGUGUAGUUGCAUCACAACAAUGUGGCAAAUGUAAAUCAGUUUUUUAUUGUUGCCGAGAUCACCAAAUCAUUGAUUGGAAAAAGUUCGACCACAAAAAGCUCUGUGGAAAACCAAUUGACACGGUGGAUAGAUUAGAAAAUUCAUUCUUAUUUCCAGAGUAUGAAGUGAGUAUCGAAAUGGAAGAAAAUCUUGCUAAACCAAACACAGAGUCCGACGAAGAAGACGAUAAUGAAGAUGAUGUUGAGGAAGACGAAGAAAAUGAUGAAAAUGAAAAGGGCAAAAAGGAAAAUAAUCGUAAAAAUUUAUCCUAUUGGUUAGAAAAAUAUAAACCACAAUUACAAGAUGAAAAUCUGGAUGAAUAUGUUACAGGAAUCGAAGAUGAUGCUACUUUCAGUCAUUUCACUCGAAAGAUAAAAGGCUAUGAAGAUCAAAUACUCAGAUAUUAUUAUCCAUCUCCUGAUGUGACACCAGAGCCACUUUGGAUUUGUAGUGCCAAUAAAUCAUACACCAUUCCGAAUUGUCCAAAUUGUGGAGCUGAACGUAUUUUCGAAUUUCAGAUCAUGCCGCAACUAAUUUAUCAAUUGAAAGCUUCUUUCGAUUUUGGUAUACUUGCAGUAUAUACUUGUAAACAAAAUUGUUCAGCAGAAAAAGAAGGUGCUUAUCUCGAAGAAUACAUCUGGGUUCAGAAAUUUGAAUAAAUAUCAUUAUUAAUACUUGGUAA